UUUGAUUAUUGUCAGUCAGCUGGUUUUUAACCAGUAAAAGAAAACUGAGCAGAAUUUGAGGAAGAGUUGGAAAAACAUGGAGCCAUCACCGAAGCCUGAGGAGAAGAAGGAUUUUACAGCUAAAAACUGAAAUGUUUUCAAACGGGGAGCAGGUUUUAACCGAGGCUUCAGUGGAAAUGAGGAAACAAAGUUCAGAUUCACAGCGCUGCUCCUCUUCCUGGAAUGAGUCAGUGCUUGAUGACCCCUCCCUCUUCUUCCUGCUCUCAAACACAGCGAGCUCCACUCGGCCCACAUAUUUGCUUGUUCCCUCCCCUUCAGAUCUACAGUUUGAAGAUGGGUGUAGCCAACAUGUGGUGAAGUGCAGGAGCUGACAGGCCCCAUUCACUGCACAAACACAUGUUGUUUAGAUCAGAGCUCAAACUCCUUUCAGUUCUCAGAAAGUGAAACUCAGACAGUCGUUGCCACUGAGAGGUGAAAUGGCGCAGAAAGGAGUUCAGCUGGACCGGGAAACCUUCUCUUGUUCGAUCUGUCUGGAUCUACUGAAGGAUCCGGUGGCUACUCCCUGUGGACACAGCUACUGCAUGAACUGUAUUAAAAGCUUCUGGGAUGAAGAGGAUGAGAAGAACAUCCACAGCUGCCCUCAGUGCAGGCAGACCUUCACACCGAGGCCUGUCCUGCUGAAAAACACCAUGUUAGCAGCUUUAGUGGAGGAACUGAAGAAGACUGGACUCCAAGCUGCUCCUGCUGAUCACUGCUAUGCUGGACCUGAAGAUGUGGCCUGUGAUUUCUGCACUGGGAGAAAACUGAAAGCCCUCAAGUCCUGCCUGGUCUGUCUGGCCUCUUACUGUGACAAACACCUCCAGCCUCAUUACGAUGUGGCUCCAUUAAAGAAACACAAGCUGGUGGACCCCUCCAAGAAGCUCCAGGAGAACAUCUGCUCUCGUCAUGAUGAGGUGAUGAAGAUGUUCUGCCGCACUGACCAGCAGUGUAUUUGUUAUCUCUGCUCUGUGGAGGAACAUAAAGGCCACGACACAGUCUCAGCUGCAGCAGAAAGGACUGAGAGGCAGAGAGAGCUCGAGGUGAGUCGACAAAACAUCCAGCAGAGAAUCCAGGACAGACAGAAAGAUGUGAAGCUGCUUCAGCAGGAGGUGGAGGCGAUCAAUCGCUCUGCUGAUAAAGCAGUGAGGGACAGUGAGAAGAUCUUCACUGAGCUGAUCCGUCUCAUGGAGAAAAGAAGCUCUGAUGUGAAGCAGCAGGUCAGAUCCCAGCAGGAAACUGAAGUGAGUCGAGCCAAAGAGCUUCAGGAGAAGCUGGAGCAGGAGAUCACUGAGCUGAAGAGGAAAGACGCUGAGCUGGAGCAGCUCUCACGCACAGAGGAUCACAACCAGUUUCUACACAGCUACCCGUCACUGUCACGACUCAGGGAGUCUACAGACUCAUCCAGCAUCGAUAUCCGUCCUCUGAGCUACUUUGAGGAUGUGACAGCGGCUGUGUCAGAGGUCAGAGAUAAACUACAGGACGUUCUGAGUGAGAAAUGGACAAACAUCUCACUGACGGUGACUGAAGUGGAUGUUUUACUGUCACAACCAGAGCCCAAGACCAGAGCUGGAUUCUUAAAAUAUUCAUGUGAAAUCACACUGGAUCCAAACACAGCAGAUACACAUCUGUUAUUAUCUGAAGGGAACAGAAAAGUAAGAUUAACGGGAGAAGCUCAGUCUUAUUCUAGUCACCCAGACAGAUUCACUAGAUGUUUGCAGGUCCUGAGUAGAGAGAGUCUGACUGGAUGUUGUUACUGGGAGGUGGAGUGGAGAGGGGGAGGAGUUUCUGUAGCUGUCGCAUACAAGAAUAUCAACAGAGCAGGGAGCUUGACUGAAUGUGGAUUUGGACAAAAUGACAAAUCUUGGGCGUUAUAUUGUGACAACAACUGUUAUAACUUUUGGUACAACAAUGUGAAAACUCCCGUCUCAGGUCCUCGGUCCUCCAGAGUAGGAGUGUACCUGGAUCACAGGGCAGGUAUUCUGUCCUUCUACAGCAUCUCUGAAACCAUGACUCUCCUCCACAGAGUCCAGACCACAUUCACUCAGCCUCUCUAUGCUGGACUUUGGUUGUUUGGGUUUUUCUCUUCUGGAGCCACUGCUGAGUUCUGUAAACUCAAAUAGUCAGAAGUCAUUUAAGGGACAGUGGGUUAAAUUCUGUGUUUUAACUCUUAAACUUAUUUUGUCUUCAUGUUUGCUGCUGAGCGCUGAUUGUUGUGGCAUUUCUUCACUGCACAGAGAUCAGCUGUCAAUCAAACAUUAUGGGUGGUCCUUUGACACCUUCUCAUUAGCGGUUCUGUAAAUGUUUGAGUUUCUUUAGGUGGCGCUCCUUCCUGUGUCUGUUUAGCCAUGGAGGUUGUCACUGCUCAGGAUGACUUUGGCUGAGCUGAACUGACAUUUCUCUGCAUGAAUAUGGAAACUUCUCUGUGCUCUAAAUGUUGGCUGAAUAUUUGUAUUGAUGUGUUUGUCUGUUGUUGUUUCUCUUCCACUGCAUGGGUCUAAAGAGAGAAAGCACCAGACCUUCCUUUAUCGGAGAUAUUUUGUUUUCAUCCAUUUGUAAAGAAAUCUAUAAUUACAUUUACAUUUGUUUGUUUGGCAGACCAGAUGUUGUUGUUGUCCAAAGUGUUAUAAACCUGUAAUGAUCAUAAUCAACAAGCAGAUCAUUGAUUAUCUUCUUCCACACAGCUGAGAUUCUGGUCAAACAGAGUGAUUGUGUGGAUGAAGUGAAUCUGUACAUGAAAUCACUGAUCAAGAGUCACUGAACAGACUUUACUGAUGGGAUGUGUGAACGAACUGAAGGUUUACAUGAUGAAUAAACAAAGGUGAACAAAGUG